AUGGAGUUGCCAGACUAUCCUAUUUAUUGUCAUUGGGGAGGGGAAAUUUUGCAAAGUAGCGGUGAUGUUACAUAUAAAGGAGGAGAGCGAAAAUUUGGGUUUGUCAAUUGUCAAAUGAGUUAUGAUGAGGUUUUGAGUAAGGUUUAUGAUCUUAUGAGAUGUGACUCGAGAUAUGUGGAGUUGAAGCUACUAAUGAGGUAUCCAAUGAUGUCCGGUUCAUAUGAAGCCAUUCCGUUGGAUGAUGACAAUUCUUUAAAAGCAAUGUUGAUUGCUAUGUCUCAAACACAAUCAACCACAAUGCAAUUGUUCAUCGAGCAACUUCCAAAGCAACCCGAAACUCAAUCCCACUUGGAAUCCUUUCAUGAAAUGGAUUCAUGGGCGAGUCCAUUUCCCUACUUGCCCUUGACAAAUCAAAGUGGGUUAACGGGUUCAUUCACAAGAAUGCUUACGGAUGAACAAUAUGCUAGUGAACACAUUUCAGAGCUCACUUCUCCAACUCAAACACCACAUGUAGAAGCUACAAAUGGUGAUCCAUCUAUGAUACUUUUCGAUUCUCUAGAUCAAAUAUGUGUUGAUUUUUUUGGAGAUGAAGCGGUUGGGGUGGAUAGUGAUGUUGAUGAAGAUGAAGAUACACAAGAUGCUAAUGACAAAGCUAUAAGAGAAAGCGCUCCAUCUCAAAUUUUCAACAAUGUUGCAGAGUUGGAUCCGAUUUUGCUUGAUUCUUGGAGGACUUGGUCCAACAACCACUCUUUCGAUGGUGAAUUUGCUAUUGGGCAAGAGUUUGAUUCUUUGGCGCAAUUGAAAGACAUAGUCAAAGGUUAUUCCAUAGCUAAAAAUCAUUCAUUUAAGGAUCCUUGUCUUGCUUCAUUCAGAAUUGUGAGGUAUAAUGGCCCCCAUGCAAGUAAUUGUUUGGGUGACAUAAACUCAAUCGAUCAUCCUCUUCUCUCCUCUGAUUUUGUAUGCAAUGAGAUAAAAGAUCUUAUUCGUGCCGAUCCUUCUUUGAAAAUCCGUGUUAUUGUGCAAGCGGUGAAAGUCAAGUUUAAGUAUACCAUCACUUACAAGAGAGCUUGGUCAGCGAAACAAAAGGCUAUUGCAAGCAUUUUUGGUGAUUGGGAGAAAUCUUACGAAGAGUUGCCUAGGUACAUGCAAGCAUUGAAAGAAUCUAAUCCAGGAACCGUCGUGGAAUGGUGUACCUUGGCUUCUAAUGAAGAUCCUUCUGUUCACAUUUUUUUGAGAGUGUUUUGGGCAUUCAAGCCUUCCAUCGAUGGUUUUAAGCACUGUCGACCCCUAAUCACCAUAGAUGGAACUCAUUUGUAUGGUAAGUACAAGGGCACGUUACUCAUUGCCAUGGGUACAGAUGCGAAUUCUCAAUUGUUCCCUCUUGCUUUUGCUAUUGUUGAAAGUGAAAAUGGUGAGAGUUGGAAAUGGUUCAUGAAAUGCAUUCGGCAUUUAGUUACUCAGAGGGAAGGUUUAUGUGUCAUUUCUGAUAGACAUGCAGGGAUUUUGCAAACAAUGAAUGAGGUCAAUAGUGGGUGGGAGGAGCCGCGUGCCCACCAUCGAUUUUGUACUCGUCACCUUGCCUCUAAUGUCAACACUCAGUUCAAGAAUGCUUAUGUGAAGAACCUUUUCGGAAAAGCCGCAGAUGCUCGUCAAAGAAAGAAGUUUGAUUACUACUUGGGAAGAAUUGGUGAAUUGAAUGUUGAAGCUCAUAAGUACUUGAUGGAUAUUUCUUCUCAUCGGUGGUCGAUCCACCAUGAUGGUGGUUUUAGAUAUGGCGUGAAAACCACAAACAUGUCCGAAGCUUUUAAUGGGGUGAUGAAAGGUGCUCGUUGUUUGCCGAUAACCGCCCUUGUUCGGAUGACGUUUUACCGAGUGAACUCCUACUUUGUUACAAGACGAGGUUGGGGUAAAAGGAGAAUUGAAGAAGGCCACGAUUUCGUUGAGAAGGCAACAACAACAAUUGAAAUGAACAUGGCAAAAUCUGGUGCUCACGAGGUCCAAGCCUUUGAUCAUGAGAUGGGGCUAUUUGAGGUUACAACUGGACGAGGAGGCAGGGCUUCAGGUAAAGGUGGUAACGUACACACUGUUAACCUUGUAGCCAAAACUUGCACUUGUGAGAAAUUAAAAAUCUACAAGUUGCCAUGCUCCCAUGUGCUUGCGGUUUGUCGUUCUCGCAGCUUAUCUUAUGCUGCUUUCGUUGAUCCUUUCUUUACCACUGUCGAGUAUAGGCAAACAUACUUGAAGAGCUUUCAUCCACUUCCUGAUGUUCCCUAUUGGCCUCAUUAUACUGGGGUGAGAAUAGUUGCUGAUGCUAGUAAACGCCGUGGUGUGGGACGCCCAAAGUCGUCUCGAUACCCUAAUGAGAUGGAUUCGAGUGCUCGACGCAGUGUCAAUGUAAAAUCAUGUAGCAUUUGUCGACGUCAAGGGCAUAAUAAGAAAACUUGUGCAGCUAGGGGUGGUGUUGGAUCAUCGGGGUAA